ACUGCUACCUCGAACACAAGCUACACAAACACAACCCACCAGCUCAGUGCUUAAAAAGACGUGCGCAGGGUAGGACGGCGCAUCUCCUCUCCUCACCCAGUUACAGACCAGCCUUCGAGUCGACGCUACCAAAACAACAGAGCGACGACAAAGUGGAUUGGCCUACCAUGACAUAACCUGACUUUCCCUGAAAUUUUCUGAGCUUUCCUGACCUUCUCUCACCUGAGCUGACCAGACCGGCGCCAUGGCCAUCAGCACGUUUGACGACAUCUUCCCGCACAUCGGCGGCUUCGGCAGGUACCAGCUGUUCCUCUUCGUGGUCAACUGUUACAUCAACAUUAUGUUUGUGUUCGUGUACUUCGGCCAAAUCUUCAUGACGGUAGCGCCUCCUCAUUGGUGUUCUGCGCCCCCUAACCUUGCUGCCCUCAACCUGACGGCGGAGCAGGUCAAGGACCUCACCAUUCCCAAGGACAAGGAGUCGGGCGCCUAUGAGAAGUGCCAAAUGUACGACGUGGAUUUUGUUGAGGUGAUGCAGACUAACGCCUCUUGGUUCAACACCAGCUGGCCAGUCACCACCUGUCGCCACGGGUGGGACUACGACUACUCCCUCUACUACCCCUCCAUCACCUCACAGCUGAACUGGGUGUGUGAUGAGGACUGGCGGCCCACCUUGGCACAGUCCAUGUUCUUCGUGGCCGCCUUCGUCGCCUCGCCCGGGUUUGGCUGGGCGGCGGAUUAUUUCGGUCGCCUGCCUGUCAUCGUCUUCAGUAAUCUCUUGGGAGCCGGUGCAGGGCUCGCCUCCGCCUUCGCCAACUCCUUCACCUCCUUCACGGCCCUCAGGAUGUUGGUGGGGAUGACAUACGACACCCACUACAUGGUCGUCUAUAUAUUACUGCUGGAGUAUGUGUCGAGCGAGUACCGCACAGUGAUGGCUAACGUCCCCAUCAUGGUGUUCCUGACGGCGGGCCUCUGCGUCAUGCCCUGGAUGGCUCUGUAUAUCGCUGAUUGGUCCCUCUUCGCCAUCGCCAUGCACACCCCGCAGCUCAUCACCAUCUUCUUUAUAUGGACAGUGCCGGAGUCAGCGCGGUGGCUGCUGAACAAGGGCAAGAUAGACAGGACGGUCAGCAUCAUCAGGAAGGCAGCAAGAGUUAACGGGAGAGUCUUGAACCCCAACGUGAUUCAGGAGUUUACGGUGUUCGGCGAGAAGCAAGCAGAGAACAGCAAACAGUCAGUGAGUCUUGUCCACCUCGUGAAGACGCCAGUGCUGAGAAUGCGUUUCAUCGUUCUCUGCAUCAUGUGGAUGGUGAUCAUUCUGGCGUACGAUGGUCACAUACGCAACACGGAGAACAUCGGACCUAACAUGUUCGUGACCUUCACCAUCGUGGGCGCCGUGGAAUUCCCCGCCGACCUGCUCACGAUGGUCACAAUGGAGAAGCUGGGCCGCCGCCACACCACCGUCUGGAGCCUCAUCCUUAGCGGCGUGAUAUGUCUCGUCAUUGCUCUUGUGCCGCCAGCGUACUCCAUAACGAUUCUGUCUCUGGAGGUGAUCGCCCGCUUCCUCAUCACCAUGUCCAUCAACGUGGCGCAGCAGUACCCCGUGGAGGUGCUGCCCACAGUGGCGCGCGCCCAGGGGUCAGGCGCCAUCCACACCCUGGGAUACCUGUCUGUCUUCUUGUCGCCUUAUAUCAUCUACCUGUCUAAACUUGGCUUCGCUGUUCCCUUCAUCAUCCUGGGCUUGGUGUCAAUUGCUGGCGGCAUCACGAGUGUCCUACUGCCUGAGACUCUAGACCAGGACCUUCCAGACACCUUAGUGGACGGCGAAACCUUCUUUUGUGGCCAGAGCUGCUGCUACAACCCAUGGAGCAAACCACAAAAGGACGAGAAAGAGGAGCAGGACGAGAUGACCAUAGAGACGAAGAGUCUGACAAGUGGAGUAUGA